UUUAGAUUUUCAUACACGAUCGUACACAGUUUUUUGAAAUACCAUAACCUCAAAUUGUGAAAUACAAUCAAUUGCAAUUAACAAUUUAAAAUAACAACAAAAAAGCAUUUGUGUUUAUAGUAUUUGCUGUUGCAUUUGUGGCAUUUAAACAGUGAUUAUUUUAUUUUUACGCUAGUGUUGUUAUAAACAAAUCGAUCAAAAUUUAUACGCAAUAUUCAGCAAUGCCUGCAAGUGGUCCCGUAUAUCAACCAACAACAGUUACAUAUGAACAGCAAACACCAGAGAAUGGAAAUGCAGGUCCCACGGCAACAUGGACACGUCCAGUUAGUUAUUUAUCACAAACAGUAUCAAGCCAUCCAAACAGAGCCCGUUUCGUGCAAUGGAUCACAUUAAUUUUAGGAAUAUGCCUGAUUGCAUCUGGACUGAUAAUGGUUGUGGAUGGUACCAUUGAUUAUAAUGAUACCACAACGACGACGACCACAACAACACAUCAAAAUGUAACACCGUCUGCUGCCAAUAAUAGUAGUGAUGCCACUGAAAGUUCUGUAGAAAACAGCACAACGACAGAAGUUCAAAGAGGCCAUGCUAGUGAUUUAGUUUGUGCAAUUGUUGGAAUACUGUUAACAAUUGUUGGUAUAUUCUUUGUUGGUGUUUAUGUUCGAUCAUGUAGACGUCGUAAAACAUGUACUUGGUGGAGAGGUAAAGAUUUAACUUCAAGUAAUACACGAGAAAAUGGUGUAGCUGCUAGUGCAGCUAUGAAUCCAUCAACCGAUUUACUCGUUACUGCACAAUAUGCACCUGUAUCUGAAGUUGCAUAUCAACCACCUGCAGCUCUUGCCGCUGAAGAACGAAGUAAAUUAAUGGCAGAAAAUAAAGACUGCACAAGUGGUGAAGAAAGUGAUCGAAUGUUGGAAUCGGACCCUAGAAUUGUUUUAAGGCCUCAAAGUCAUGUUGAAGAAAAUGUCUAAAAGUUUUUUUUAUUUUUUAUAUUAUUGACAAAAUAAAAUAAUCAAUAUUGCAUUCAUUUUUUUCCUGGAAAGUAGUAGUUAUAUUUUGUGUACUUAAUAUUCACAAUUCAUUUUUCUUUUAAAUUACAAUGUCAAAUAAGAUAACAAGUAAACAAGAAAAUAAUAAACAAAAAAUUUGUGAAUAAUAAAAGACCUUGAUUCUUAACUAAUAUUAGCAAUUAAAAGCAAAGUGUUCGUAAAUAGCUGUUCACUUCUAUUUUUUGUUUUAUUUAUGAAUAGUCAAAGUUUGCUCUCAGACUAUUAAAGACUACAUUGUACUUAUAUAAAUUUGAUUAAAUGGCCUAAUAAAGAAAUUAAGUUUAAUAGGGAACCUUACGCAUAUUAAACCUCUAACAAUUGCAAUGUAAUUAACUAAUAUUGGAACCAAAUUUACCAUUUUCUUGUAAAAAGG